AUGGAAGGGAAAUGGGCAGCUCUAUACGCGAAGCGCACCGCCAAGAAGAACAAAAGCUUCCAGGAUGGAUUCCUUGUCGUUAAGGCGAACAAGCUCGUGCUGCUGGAUGAAGGAGAAAAUCCGCUGGACGAGAAAUUUAGAGGGCAAAGGGAUGUUGUGAUGCAAGGGAGCGACCUAGAGUUUGAUCGAUACAUCGUGCAAGUGGAUAGUCGGGUUGGUGGUACCGAUGCUACCGGCGGAUCGAGCUCCACGAAACAAGAUUUGGCUGCAGAGAAGGAGGAUUUGUCUCAGACAAAAACCAAGGCUCUCUACUUCCCGCUCAAGAAGAAACUAAAGCCGAGCAUCGAACGAAGAACAACCAAUGAGAUUCUUGAUAGACUCCGAAUGCCGAAUGGAUUUUCUCAAGAAAGGAGCUCUCAGGAUGCUCAAGCCUCUCAAGUUUUUGUUUGCGACGAGAAUGGGAAAAAUGCGUCUCUGUGUUUGAGGCUGAACAUUGUGCCCGAUGUCACUCCUCCAGUUCAGUUUUACUUCCAAGCUGCUGGACAGUUACAAAGAAACGUCGCCAUUCCAGACAAGUUCAAGGAUUGCUCCGAGUACAAGGAAGUUAUGUCUUCAGCACUGAUCGAAGAGAUUUCCUUGAUGAUUUCCGACUUUGCCAGGCGUUUCAACUCUGCAAAAGAAAAGAUCCAAGCUGCUAUUAUGCCCUCUUGCAGCCACGGAGAGUGCGAGCUACGCCGAAAUGACGAGGAUGGAAACUUUAAAGGGCGUUGGUUUUAUACUUGUUCAAGAAAUCCGCCUUGUAUGAAGUCCUGGGCAGACACUGCAAGUGGUAAGAGCGCCCAACUAUCUGCGGACGAACUCGAAAGACUUUAUGCUUCUUAUGACAUUAACCUCUAUGCGCACUGUCACUUAGUGAGAAGAUCUUCAAGGCCCGGAUACAUAAACAUCCAUUUGGGAAGAACUGUUCCCUUGAACUAUGCGAAGGGAGAUUUGAUGGUCAUUAGUUCCAGUUCAAACUUCCCGGAGAAAAACAGCGAGGAGUUUACUGUUGUGGCCACAAGUGAAUCGUUUGGCUCUUCUAGAAAUGCAGCCGUAGAGUUACGGCUACAUGGACAACCAGUACCAAUAAGAGAAGGAAAGAAAAUAUAUGUCUUACAAGGGCCUAGUCUUCAAUCGGAACUGACGAUGCUCGAUUGUAUAAGAUCCAAUCCUCCAGUACGCCGUUGUUACCUCUUCUUAUGGGAUCGGAUACGUAUGUGCCUAGACAGGCUGUAGUUCCGACGAGUAUGGACCGCGUAGCUAAAGAGGCAAUCUUCAAAUACAACCUGAACAGUGACCAGGCAAAAGUUUUGUUUACAGUGGGCGGAUGGUUUACAUC